AUGUCUAGCUCUGGCCCUGCCCUAUCACAGCAAGCACGCCACCCACCCAGUGGGUCUAUAUCCACCACCUCAACAGACACAGGCAAGUUUCAUCUGCAUAAGCAGGAUUAUGAUAACGUAUUCAAAGAAACUGCCGUUCCGACACAAUUGCUCAAGACAUGGGCCUCGACCUUUGCUCAUAAUCUGCAAAUCGCCGACCGUCAUCUGGGCAAUAUCUGCACCUUCAAUGGCAUGCCGUUCCUGUCUACCAGUGGCCAGGAAUGGAUCAAAGCGUGUACGGGGGAAGACCUGCAUCUGGAGCAAUGCCCUAAUGCUGAGCUUCCCCAUUGGCAGCAUUCAUCGACUGACCCGAACGGAUAUGAACUGCCGGAACUGGGGCUGCUGUAUAGGGUGAUCGAGCAGUAUGACCGGUCUGUAUUCCGGCUGUUCUUUCCCAUUCUUGAUCCGGACCUCUUUGAGAGUACUAUUCGGACUGCGUACUAUGGGGAGACAUCGACCGUUUCACCUGGUUUGCAGAGCGCCAAAGCAUGCGUCUUUGCUUUUAUUGCUCUGGCGUCUCUUGUUCUACACGGAACAGAAGGAUUCUCUCUCAAGUUUAGUGCUCGAUAUGUGCGUGCAGCACACCAUUUCAUGCCACAGGCUUUCCAUGAGCCAUUUACCUUGGAUGGGCUACAGGCGAUCCUAUUACUGUGUCUCUGCUCCCAAGGCCUCGCAGCAGACUUUGCCAGCAUCGACCAUCUCCUCUCCGCCGCCUCCCGCUUCAUCUACCAGCUCAAAGGCCAUCUCCCCGCCCACACAGCAUGGGAGAACCCAACCCCCGUCAACUACCACGUCAGACAUCUCUUCUGGAUCGCCUACAUCUGCGAUAAGGGAAUCAGCCUGGCAACCGGUCUCGCGCCCGCCCUCGAAGACGCCCAAUGCGACCUCACCUUCUCCGUCAUCCCCCCAGAAACCAUCGACGACAGCAGAGGCCGCCGCCACGUCUACGGCGACCCGUAUCCGGGGUCGUAUGUGCACACGUACGCGCACCUCGCCCUGAUUCAGUCGCGGAUUCAUCGCAAUCUGUAUACCCCCGCUGCGCUCAAACAGCCAGAUGCUGAUCUGCUGUGGGCCAUCCGAGACUUGGACCAUGCGGUGGAAGAGUGGAAGGACUCGCUGCCUGCUGAUAUCCGCCCGUCGUUUUUGCAGGCUGUAGGGAAUGCGCCGGGGAGUGUCGAUAUGCGGUUCUCGGUUUUCCAUCUGCAAUAUCACCAUUGCAUGGUGAUGAUCCACCAGACGAGUAGUCGAUGUGCGUCGUGGGCGCAGAACCACGAUACACGGACAACAAGCUCAAGUCUGGCUAUCUCGGUCACGGCGAGUCGGUCAUUGCUAGACAGGUUUCUGUACUUCCAGCUCAAGCUGGGCCCUGAAAAUCUCUUAUUCUCCCUCUCAUAUUUCCUCCAAGCCAGCAUCAACCUAUUCAGUAAUAUCCUCUCGAGACCAUUGGAUUCAGGAAAUCAGGAUGAUAUACGGCUGAUUGGCAUGAUUGCCGAACUCAUUUCGAACCAUCAUACAGUCGAUGGGCCGCUGUGCUAUCACGCGAAAAUCAAGUUUGCAGCCAGUGCCAUUUCAGAGCUGAAGCGUCUUGCGCAGUGUGCUGUUGACAAGGCGAACAGAGAAAGCAAUGGUUGA